CGCGGUUAUAUUAUUUUUUGAUUGACCACGCUACCUCACUUUUCGAAUCAUUUUCCAGUUCUUCCCCAAAUUCUCUGCAAAUCAAAACUCAUCGUCCUCAAAACCCUAACCCUAACUUCCGAUUUUCGCCAACAUUUUCUCUUUCUUCAAGAUGGGUAACACCGAGAAGCUGAUGAACCAGAUCAUGGAGCUAAAAUUUACCUCCAAAUCACUCCAACGCCAAUCUCGAAAGUGCGAGAAAGAGGAGAAAUCCGAAAAACUCAAAGUCAAGAAAGCAAUCGAAAAGGGAAACUUGGAUGGAGCUCGGAUUUACGCUGAAAACGCAAUUCGCAAGCGCACUGAACAGAUGAAUUACUUGCGCCUCGCUUCUCGCCUUGACGCUGUCGUCGCUCGCCUUGAUACGCAAGCGAAGAUGCAGUCCAUUGGCAAAAACAUGGGAUCGAUUGUGAAAUCGCUUGAAUCGUCUUUGAAUACCGGUAAUUUGCAGAAGAUGUCGGAAACAAUGGACAAUUUCGAGAAGCAGUUUGUGAAUAUGGAGGUCCAGGCUGAGUUUAUGGAGAGUUCUAUGGCUGGAAGCACUUCACUGUCGACACCCGAGACCGAGGUUAAUAGUUUGAUGCAGCAAGUGGCGGAUGAUUAUGGUCUUGAGGUUACGGUGGGAUUGCCUCAGGCUGCUGGACAUGCUAUUGCUGCUCCUAAGGCGUCGGAGAAGGUCGACGAGGAUGAUCUCACGAGGAGGCUUGCUGAGCUAAAGGCUAGAGGUUGAAGUGAAAGGUAAAAUGUUAUGUUUUUACUAAAAAAGUUGUAUAGGUUGUGAGUUUGACUUGUGACCGACCCUUGUGAUAUCGAGGGUUGAUGAGUAUCUGUUAUUAAUCAUGAAGAUUUCUUUUCGAUUCGGAUACAUGUGGAACUUGUUGCUGGAUGGCUUAUCAUGUAUUAUAUUGUAUUUUUCUAUUGGAAUUCGGUGCUUGUUCGAUUAUUUGACUUAGAUCACUAAUACGAAGUAUAUGUUUUUCUA